AAGAAAUCCCGCUUCUUGAAAAAGAUUAUGAACGCCAAAGGAAGGCUGACAAAGCUUAUCAUGAAGCGGCACGCAAGCUGCAAUUAGAGACAGCAGCUGCAAAGCAUGCGGAGGACCUCAAAUUAAAAGAAAGGUUAAAAAGAAUUCUUCCAGAUUAUCUAAAAAAUCGAUCGGAGGUCGAAAGUAGACGUUUUGAAGAAUUUGAAGGACGACGAAGAGCGGCGCAAGCUAAAAUUGAGGAGGAAAAAGAAAAAAGGCGACAGAUUUACAGAGCGAAAAAAGAAGAGGAAACAAAACGAAGAGAGGCGGAAGAGGAUGCCCGACUCAGAGCCGAGGAAGAGGAGAGACGCAUAACUGAAGAAUCCCAACGUAUUGAAGAAGAACGCCGCGCAAAAGAAGCAGCCGAUAAAUUCGAAUACGAAGAAAGGAAACGUAAACUUGAUGAGCAAGCCGCUCGACAACGUGAGGCGGAACGGUCGGCCGAAGAAAGACGAUCUGCACGUGAGAGAGCACAAGAGAAGGAACGUUUGGAAAGGGAGGAACAGGAACGAAUCGAUCGUCGCCGUCGCGAAUCCGAAAGGACGCCUUCAAGUGGAACCGGGUAUGUUCCUCCGGCUCUUCGUAGUAGAGAAGAAUCAUCCUGGCGUAGAGAUGAUCGGCGGAAACCUGCAGUUGGACGUGCAAAUGUAUCAGAAGAUACCUCACGCCGUUAUACUCCAGCUCGUCGUGAAACCGAUGAUAUGUGGCGUCGACCCAGUUUUAAUCGUAACAAUACAAAUGAAGAAACAGAAAAACGUCGUCCCGAGGUGUCGCGCCGUGUGACGAGUGAGGAAGGGGAAUGGCGUCGUGGUUCCAGCACAUCAGCACGAGACGAAUUAGAAUGGAGACGUGGUGGGCAAUGGAGAUCAUCGAAAGAUGAAGAUCUAGAACAGAAUUCUUCAACAUCAUCCAAAGGUCCUACGCGUACAGCAAAAGCAGAUAAUGUAUGGAAACCUCGUAUAAGACAGAGCUUGGAAUCCUCCACUAUGGAUAAAACCACCUCUGGACGCGAAAGUUGGACCUCAACAUUACGCGAUAUGGAAGGCGACUCAUAUGUUUCAGAUCCUGAACAAGAAGGCUUUGGUGAUAAAUUGUCAACAUCUGAUUCAAGCAAGCAACAUUUACCUUCUGAAAAGCAAUCACAAUUACCAACGGAUGAAAUAAAUGAUGAUGGGUUUACGGUAGUUAAGGGCAGACGCCGUAAAAAUCAGUUCAGUGGUACUUCUGAAGCUGAAUAA